UUUCCACUGGCCUAUAUAUCUGCUUGAUGAAAGUUGCAAUUCCAUUUAAAUCACUUGAGUUAUGUAUCGAUUGAUCAUCGUAUCAAAAUAUCUAUCAGCAUCUUUCUUUGUUUAGGAUUAUUUAGGAUAUCAAAGUAAAUGUUUAAUUGUCAAUUUUAUUGAACAAAUAUCAUUUAUUUUGUGACAUGUGUGAUCCAACAUUAAAAAAGGAAUAAACAUAAAAAAGUUAAACUCAAAUAAACGACCGAGAACAUCAGAACGAAAGAAACAAUGUUCAUUAUUAUAUUGAUAUUAUUCAUAUUUAUUUUAUUGAUUUAUAAUUACUACGUGCAUUAUGAAAGGAACAAUCGACUUCUUAAUCUUAUACCGGGACCAUCGGGCUAUCCAAUUAUUGGCAAUGCACUCCAAUGCUAUGUGUCAGUAGAGGAACUAUGGAAGCUGGCCUGUACAUUAAUGAAUGAAUAUUAUCCCUUUUUUAAAUUUGGAGGUUUCUUUGUAUAUGGAGUAUGUAUCAGUCAUCCAGAUGAUUUAGAGACGAUUCUAAGCAGCACUAAGUACAUCGAGAAAGGUCGUUUGUAUAACUUAUUACAUCCCUGGUUAAACACAGGUCUCCUCACUAGCAAAGGAGUUAAGUGGCAAACGCGGCGAAAGAUAUUAACACCUACAUUUCAUUUUAAUAUAUUGAAUCAAUUUGUCGACAUCUUUAUCAAAGAGGGCGAUUGCAUGACAAAAUCUUUAAAAAAUGUCGAAAUAUCGGUUGUAAAGGAUUUAUCAUCCUUUAUUAGUGAGCAUACGUUAAACGCGAUAUGCGAAACUGCCAUGGGCGUCUCUCUGCAAAAACUUGGCGAGUUCCAAAAGCAAUAUCGAAAUGCGAUUAAUGAAAUAGUUGAAUUGAUGAUUUACAGAGCAGUGAAGCCUUGGUUCUACAACGAUAUGUUAUUCUCAUUGAACGCCACAAGGAAGAAAGCAAAAGAAAGUCUUGAAAAUAUUGCAUGGAUUUACGGAAAAAAUUAUUGCGGAAAGAAAGCUUUAUCACCAACUUACUAACCAUCAAUAUUUAAAAAAUCUUGAAAAUAAUGAGGAAACAGAAGAUGUCGAAAUAUUUAAAAU